AUGGACGCCCUCAAGUCUCUCGUCCAGCCCCUCGUCGGCGGCGGCGGCGGCUCCUCCAUGAUCGACGGAAUGAAGCUCGUCGUCCUCGGUGGCACCGUGGAGACUGCCCGACGCGUCGCGAGUUCAGGAUGGUCUCACUUCAUAAACUCCUUCUUCCUUACGGCUCACUUCUCCGAGGAAGAUUAUCCAUAUGACUGGCUCAUGCUCUGGCUCUCCCGUCGUCCCGAGUGGCAGCGUUCCCGUGAAUUCGAGACCACCACCCGCAAUUCCAACCCCGGCUUCGGCAGCCGCGUCGCCGACAACUCCUUCGGCGAUGACGACGACGACGAAGACGACACUCCGGGUCGCGUCAAGACCCGGGUCGUCUUCCAGCCCACUCCGAAUACGACCCACACCAUCUAUUACCGCGGUCACCUGCUCCGCGUCAAACGCUGGCGCAAGGGUGACACUGGGAGCGAAGUCAUCUCCGUCUCCGUAGUCGCGCGCAACAAUUCCAUUCUCAAGCAGCUCGUCCUCCAGGCUAAGAAGGAGUACGAGGCCGAGGCCGUGCACCGCAUUCAAAUCUACUUUGCCGACUCCCAUGGAUGCUGGAGGUGGACGGAUUCGAGGCACAAGCGGCCCAUGUCCUCCAUUGUCCUCAACCCGGGCGUGAAAGAGAUGUUGCUCGCUGACACAAAGGACUUCCUCAAGUCCGAGAAGUGGUACGCAGAUCGCGGCAUACCCUUCCGGAGAGGAUAUCUGCUGUAUGGUGUGCCGGGUUCGGGGAAGAGUUCGCUCAUUCACGCCAUUGCUGGCGAGCUGAUGCUGGACAUUUACGUCGUAUCUCUGUCAUCAUCAUGGAUCAACGACAGCACGCUCACGACGCUCAUGGGACGCGUCCCCGCACGAUGCAUCGUCCUGCUCGAGGACCUCGACGCAGCCUUUACGCGGAGCACCUCGCGCGACGGCACGUCGACGGGCUCGCCGGACAACGAGUCUAAGGAGAAGGUGAACGAGCAGCCGACCAGCACAUCGUCGUCGCGCCGUGGGCGGAAGAACGACCAGAUGUCAGACGUCAACACGCUCAGCUUGAGUGGACUGCUGAACGCACUGGACGGGGUCGCGGCUUCGGAGGGCCGUUUGUUGUUCGCAACCACGAACCACCUUGAGCGGCUGGACCCCGCUCUGUCGCGACCGGGGCGAAUGGACGUGUGGAUUGAGUUUAAGAACGCGUCGAAAUGGCAAGCAGAACUGCUGUUCCGCAAUUUCUUCCCCUCCACGGACGAGGACAACGAAGAGCUCGAAGGAGACUUGGAUGGUAUUGAACUGCCCACCGUGCCGCCGUCGCCCUCCGCAGGGUCCUCCUCUAGCUCAACUCUGUUCUCCUCCCUGUCCUCCGCCCUGUCCUCGGUGCCCACGAGCCCAUCUGGUUCCUCGACGCCGUUGUCACCGCUGCCUUCGAUGCCCGAGGGUCUGCCAGCACGGGCGCGGACGACGUCGACAAUAGGGCGGGGAAGCGGGGAGAAGACCAAGGAGCGGGCGCGGACGGUGAGUGACGGGGGGCUGCAGCACCAGUCGUACCUGCCGCCGCCGAUAGAAGAGGAGCUGCUGGAGGCGAAGCACUCUGCGAAGCCGCUCGACGGGGCGACGCUGGCGAUGCUGGCGAAGAAGUUUGCAGACGCCAUCCCGGACGAGGAGUUCAGCGUGGCCGCGCUGCAGGGCUGUGAGUGUUUCGCUUGCUUGCUCAGAGGGCGCAGGAGAGGGGCGUGGGGUGACGGAAAGAGCGAGCGCUGA